GAGAGAGAGAGAGACUAUUUUGGAAGGCCGAAAAAAAACCUUAACGUCUCGGUGUUGGAAAGUGGAUCAGACCAGAAUAGCCUUGUAGCCAGUGCGGAAAAAGGAGCUCUUCUGUAAAGGACGCAUAAAGAAAGUUACAGGAAUCAACAUUUGACGGUAUCAACUGGGAAACGGAUUCGCAGUUCAUUUUUUGUUGCCUUUUCUUCUCUGUUUGAACGUAGAUGUCCUUGUCCCUUUCGCCUGCCAUUAUACAGUAAUAUUUAUCAACUGCAACAUGGACGCAAGCAAGAAAACAGAUCCCCCGGUGUCAGUGGAACUGGUCCAAAAGGCAAAUCCUGAACGCAGCCCAGUGCCAUCCAUUUACGUGCCCGAACAAGGUGGCUACAAGGAGAAAUUUGUGAAUGCAGUGGAGGACAAAUACAAAUGCGAAAAGUGCCACCUCAUAUUGUGCAAUCCAAAGCAGACAGAAUGUGGGCACCGCUAUUGUGAGACCUGUAUGAACGCUUUGCUAAGCUCUGCAAUUCCAAAAUGUACAGCAUGUCAAGAAACAAUAGUGAAAGAUAAGAUAUUUAAAGAUAAUUGCUGUCGGAGGGAGCUUCUCGCCCUUCAGAUAUUCUGCAGGAAUGAAAAUAAAGGUUGCAGAGAACAAUUGACCUUGGGACAGUUGCUUACCCACCUGAGAAAUGACUGUCUGUUUGAAGAGCUUCCAUGCCCUCGUGCUGAUUGUAAGGAGAAAAUACUGCGAAGAGACUUGCCAGACCACGUAGAGAAGACCUGUAAAUAUCGGGAAACAACGUGUAAAUACUGUAAAAACCAAGUCCCAAUGAUUAUGAUACAGAAACAUGAAGAUGCAGACUGCCCUUGCGUUAUGGUCACAUGUCCUCAUAAAUGUAGCGUUUCAGCGCUCCUGAGAAAAGAGGGAACAAAUCAGCAAGUUAAAGCACAUGAAGCCACCUCAGCAGUGCAGCAUGUAGACUUGUUGAAAGAGUGGAGUAAUUGUCUAGAAAAUAAGGUGGCCAUGCUCCAGAAUGAAAGUUUGGAAAAGAACAAGAGUAUACAAACUUUACACAAUCAGAUUUGUAGCUUUGAAAUAGAAAUUGAGAGACAGAAGGAAAUGCUGCGGAGUAAUGAGUCCAAAAUACAUCACUUGCAGCGAGUGAUAGACAGCCAAGCUGAGAAGCUGAAAGAACUGGACAAAGAGAUCCGUCCCUUCCGACAGAACUGGGAGGAAGCGGACAGCAUGAAAAGCAGCGUCGAGUCUCUCCAGAACAGAGUGACUGAGCUGGAAAGCGUUGAUAAGAAUGCCGGGCAAGGAAAUAGGAAUGCAGGUAUGCUAGAAUCACAAUUAUCUAGGCAUGAUCAGAUGCUGAGCGUCCACGACAUCCGAUUGGCUGACAUGGACCUCCGCUUUCAAGUUUUGGAAACGGCCAGCUACAAUGGAAUACUGAUCUGGAAAAUCCGAGAUUAUAAACGUCGGAAGCAAGAGGCAGUCAUGGGGAAGACUUUGUCUUUAUACAGCCAGCCUUUUUACACGGGGUACUUCGGCUAUAAGAUGUGUGCCAGAGUUUACCUCAAUGGAGACGGCAUGGGAAAAGGGACGCACUUGUCCUUGUUCUUCGUCAUCAUGCGGGGAGAAUACGACGCGCUGCUUCCGUGGCCCUUCAAGCAGAAAGUCACGCUUAUGUUGAUGGAUCAAGGACCCUCCCGGCGCCAUUUAGGGGAUGCUUUCAAACCAGACCCCAACAGCAGUAGUUUCAAGAAGCCCACCGGAGAAAUGAAUAUUGCAUCUGGCUGCCCAGUCUUCGUUGCACAGACUGUUCUAGAAAACGGAACAUAUAUUAAAGAUGAUACUAUUUUUAUUAAAGUCAUAGUGGAUACAUCGGACCUACCAGACCCCUGACGUAUAGCAGAGAGGCAGAUUCAACAGAAGACAGCUCCAUUUGGGGCUCUUUUUUAUACCUACCUGUCUUCAAUAAGAGGUCCUUAAAGCUCAGAGGGGACCACCUUGUGUUAACAGAAGGAAGCGUUUGGAGGCAUAAUUUGCAUAGGGGUCCAAAUGGCAAAUGUAGCAACCCAUUCAGAAGUCAUAACCAUGGUAUAUUUUCUAAUUAAAACUAAUAGGAACACUUCGAGUUCUGACAAGUCACUUAAUCCUCACGAGGACAAAAAGAUUACAGUCAGAAAACCUUUUCGUAAUUUAUUGGUAAUCUCUAAAUCAGUUGGAAGGGGGGGUGGGGGAGACAAAAUAUCCUGUGCUGGAAAAGACACGAAACUUUUAUUCCUUUUUAACUAGAAAACAAAAGUAAAAGUUCACAUGUGGGUUAGCUAGAAACUGUCAGCAUGUUAAGUUAAAAAAGAAGAAAAAGAAGAAAUUAUGAAGUAACAUUGCAGUUAAAAGAUAUUAUUACUUUGAAAAUCGAUAAGUGCAAUCCUGUCUGAAAUAACAGUAUAAUGUUUAUUUUUAAGGCCUCUCCUGGUCUCUGUUUUAAAAUAAUUACUUUGCCAGAAGACCUCGACAGAAUGUCCAGAUCUUCUCGAAAGUGUCUAAAUCAGAGUCAUAUUUUUGUUCAGAGUUCUAUUAAUUGCUACAGAAAAAAAAGCAUUUUAUUUUAAAACUGUUGAUAGACUGAUAUUUCUUGGAAGAAAAAAAAAAGAUCAAAUGCAGGUUAUCACUUGUGAUAUGAAAAGAAACUAUUCAACUACAGCUGUUAUUUCUCUUUAGAAAUGUAAACCUAACAAUAUAUGUCGUAGUUAAUGACACUAUUUCAAAAUUAAGAAAAAAAUAAUCACUCAUGGAUGCUGUGCAUCAUUAUCAGAUUUAUAAUUUUCACCCUAAAAUAGGGCAUUUGUUGAACUUUGGAGUUCUAAACGGAAUCCUGUAUGUUUUUAAAGUUCUGCCUCAUGCGCUCCGACCAAGCUCUAUAAAAAUAUAUCUAUAUAUCUAUAUAUAUAUUCUAUUUUUUUGCUAAAGCAUAAAUGUGCAACAUAUUUUUGGUGUUUGAGAAGGGGCAUAGUGCUGAGAAAUG